AUGGGCAACACUUCAGGUCCUUGGCUUUACGAGCACAUGCGUGAUGCAACCGAACCCUUCCGCGCGAUUCUUACCCUUUUCUCGGUGGCGAAAAUUGCCGCGUCUCGGAAACUCCCAAUCUUCGCCCGUCCGUUCUCCGUGGUGAGGGUGGAAAUGUCCUCUCAAAAGCGAACCUUUUCCAUCCCAAGCACGUCGGAAGCAUGGAGAGACAUGGUAGCCAAAAUGGCCGCCGAACACGAGACGCUCAGACUCAAAAAAGAUUUCGCUGAGCAGCUGCACGCUACAUAUUCUAAACUGCACGGAGAGGGUAACUGCCAUGUUGAAGACGAAGUUUUCCUCCUACAGUGGAUGUUCACGAGGCAGGAUGAGUUCAACGGGAAGUGCUGUGUCGGGAUGAGCAAGCAGCCAUCAGUUCCAUCAAUCAUCUAUUAUCUAGCCCUAGGAGAAGAGCUUGAUCCUGAUGAAGAUAAUGGAAAGUGGGUGUCUCCCCCUCAGUUCGUCUGGAACCCCUUUCAAAUUCGUCCGCUCCAAGAGGAGACCAUUCCAUUCCCCUGGUCCCUUUCUGCGGAAUGUACGGAGGAACUCAAGAACAGCGUGGUACAUAAAUUGUUCGAUGUCCUUAUGCAGACCCUCAAGAAGUCCAAAGUCCACAUAGUACUGUAA